GAGUAUUAGAGCAAACAAUGCGGUGACCUCAACAGGAUGUGUUUUGACACUUUGCAGACAGUUUCAAAACGCUUUCAGGAUAUCUGCACCCUUAUCAGCUCAAUAGUCUGCUCUCACUUUGACCAAAUCUCAGUCUUAUACUCACAGGUAAGAAUCUAAAGCCUACCGUUUCUAACAACCAAAUACUCGAUCUAAACGUGAUUUGAUUCUCAAUUGCGAUAUUGUUCUAAAACAUAAAGCCCUUAACUUUCAUAUCACAUCCAAAUAAUUUCACAAAUGCAAAAUAUGCACUUACUGUACAGGAGGUUUGGUGGCACCUUAAUUGAGGAGGACGGAAUCAUAGUAUUGCCUGGCAUGGAAUCGAACUCAAACACAUGGAUUCCAUGUGUUUGAUUCCAUUCACGCCAUUCCAGUCUUUAUUAUGAGACGUCCUCAGGUGUUCAGUGCCUGUUAAGAUAGAUAAUUAGCACAGGUGGUCCCUCUGUUUUCUGUCUGUAAACACAUGACGUAACAUAUGACCGUGUGGGAACCCUAACCCUAUAAAAGGUAUGUAUCAAUGUAAUCUUUGUUUUAUGAAAAUCUUUUAUCGUUGAUUUGAAAGAUAUAGUUCAAUAUAAUUCCAAAACCGUACCACAAGAGAUGCAUGUUAAUGUUUAGAUUGAGUUUAGCAGCUCUUAACUAAAACUCCCAGGUACAGAAGAUGCCUUCGUUCAAUGAUUCUUAUGUGUAAUGUAAUGGAACUGUGUGGCAUUACCAUGAGCUAUCACCAUGAGCUAUCACCACCAUGGCACUGUCUGUAAUGUAAUGUAAUGCAAUGGUGAGGAUGCUGAUGAAUGUAUUUUACCAUGUACCUAAAUCUGCUGUUGUCCCCUCUGUUAGGCUAACAUCUCCUCUUUUUAGCUCAAGUUCGCACUGUCAUGUGGGCCUUGUCCGUCAGUGUCGGCCUCUGCACACAACCAUCAGCAGGAGAGAACUUGAGGAGUUUUUCGACAUACCUGAAAACUGGGGGGAGGCAACCGUGAAGUCAGGAGCACCAUGGAUGGCCAAGCAACUAAGGACAAAAACUAAUGAGGACUUACACAAGCUCUGGUAUGUGCUCCUGAAAGAGAAGAACAUGCUGCUUACCACUGAGCAGGAGUCCAAAAGGCAAAGGAUUCAGAUGCCAAGUCCAGAGCGACUGAAGAAGAUUGAAAGGUCCAUGAAGAGACACAGUGGUGAAGGAGAGAGAAGACGCUCUCCGCCUGCUCCAGACAGGUCAGGAGAGAGCAAGACCUGGGGCCUGGAGAAAGGAUGUCUUUGGACGGGUCUACUGGUACCGGUUUAGAGAGCAUGCCCUUCCUUGGUACAUUGACAAGCAAUGCAAACGUUUCUACAUACCCCUAUUUGUCACCCCCCAUAUGAGGUAAGAAAUAUUGUUCAUGCAUUCAUUUUUAACAGUGUACAGUAGGAGAACCUCCAAGCAGAGCACUUCAAUUAUACAAGAUGUGACAUGGUUU